AGAAAAUAGUCUCAAUAAAAUACCUUUAGAAUGUAAAUAAAGGACAAUUAUACUAUAUAACAUUUUUAGGAACACCCACUGCUAUCUAGAUGACCUGGCCAAUUUAAGAGUAUACUUAUUUAUGGAAUUAAGAUCUUUUUUAAGGUAGAUGUAAUGGGAAACAGUCUGUGAUAGCCAGCUGUUAGGGACUCAACCUGUCUGGGGCAAAGCAUAUCAGUGUUUCGAAACUGUUUUAGUGAAGGUAUGUUGACUGAUCUUGACAGUGUAAGAUAGUGCUGAGAACUGAACACUUGUUGGGGAGAGUAUAAGAGCUCAUACGAACUAUAACAGAGUUGCAGGUGAAAACACUGAGCGAAAGGAUCAUGAAGCUCUACCUGGCUGUCUUUGCCCUUCUGGUGGCGGCUCAGUGCCAUAAACUCUUCAUAGGAGACCAGGUUCUCAGAAUCAAUGCUGAAUCUGAGGAACAAAUCCAGCUCCUGAAGGAGUUAGAAGACGAUGAAGGAUGGGAGCUGGAUUUUUGGACUCAUCCUGUCUCAACUGACCUGCCUGUGGAUAUCCAUGUGCCAUCUGCCAGUUUGCACGCUGCCAAGAGCUUUUUACAUCUUCACAAUAUCUCAUUCACUGUUAUGAUCAACAAUGUGCAGGAACUCCUGGAUGAGGAGCAGGAAAGUAUGGAGGUGAACGCCAUGCAGGAGCGCAGUGUAAACAGCUUCAACUUUGGAGCCUAUCACACACUGGACACUGUCUACAGCUGGAUGGACACUCUAGUGGCUGCUCAUGCAAAUCUGGUUUCCAAAGUGCGUAUUGGUUUCUCUUACGAGAACCGUCCCAUGUAUGUGCUGAAGUUCAGCACUGGUGGGAACAAACGCCCUGCUAUCUGGAUUGAUGCUGGUAUACACGCCAGAGAAUGGGUCUCCACUGCUUCUGCUGUGUGGAUGGCUAACAAGAUGGCUACAGAUUAUGGUGUUGACCCCUCGGUGACUUCUCUCUUGGGCCGUAUGGAUGUCUACCUGAUGGUAGUUACCAAUCCAGAUGGAUAUGCCUAUACUCACACUUCUGACCGCAUGUGGCGCAAGACUCGCUCUAUUAAUGCUGGUUCUGUCUGCCGGGGUGUUGAUCCUAAUAGAAACUGGGAUGCUGGUUUUGGUGGACCUGGAGCUAGUAAGAACCCUUGCUCCGACUCCUACCACGGCCCUUCUGCCCAAUCUGAGAUCGAGGUGAAGAACGUGGUGGAUCUUGUCAAGAACCACGGCAACUUCAAAGCCUUCAUUUCAAUUCAUUCUUACUCUCAGCUCCUCAUGUACCCCUAUGGAUACAGCUGCAACAAUAUCCCUGACCAGGCAGAACUGGACACUGUAGGUCGAUCUGCAGUGCAGGCCCUCAGCUCUCUUUAUGGAACCAGCUAUAGAGUGGGAAGCAUUUGCAGGAUUAUCUAUCAAGCCAGUGGUGGAAGCAUUGACUGGUCAUAUGACAUUGGCAUCAAAUACUCAUUUGCCUUUGAGCUGCGUGACACUGGACGCUAUGGUUUCCUCCUGCCUGCCAAUCAGAUCAUCCCAACUGCAUCUGAGACCUGGCUGGGUCUCAAAUAUAUCAUGAAAUAUGUCCGUGACAAUUCUUAAUAUGAUUACAAUUAAUGUUGUGUAGAAACUGACAAUAAAGAUCCCAAAGCCAGGAA